AUGGCUGAGGCUAUCGUUGCUGAUGUUGCUAAGGGAAUACUAGGAAAUCUGAUUUUACUGGUUACUUACCAAAUUGGCCUUGCUUGGGGCUUCAAGGAUGAGCUGACACGGCUUCGUGACUCAGCAGAGAUGAUUCAAGCUGUGCUGGCUGAUGCAGAGAGAAGGCAAGUGGGAGAAGAGCGCGUGAAGCUUUGGUUGCAGAGGCUUAAAAACGUUGCUUAUGAUGCUGAUGACGUGCUAGAUGAGCUUGCUUACGAGCUUCUUCGGCGAAAGGUAGAGAUCCAAAACCAAAUGACGAGAAAGGUAUGCUUCUUCUUUUCGUUUUCAAAUCCCAUUGCAUUCCGUAUCAAGAUGGCCAACAAAGUUAAGACCAUUCAUGAAUCGCUAAAAAGGAUUAAUGACGAAGCAAAUGGAUUUGGACUUAUUAGAGCAGGAUCAAUAAAUGGUAAUCCUGAUACUAUACCAAACCGAGAGACAGAUUCAUUUCUUGACCAUUCAGAAGUUGUAGGAAGGAAAGAUAGUGUUUCAGAAAUAGUGAAGUUAGUGACUAAUACAACUGGUCAACAACUCUCGGUCAUUCCCAUAGUAGGAAUGGCAGGUUUGGGAAAAACAACUUUAGCAAAAUUAGUGUACAAUCAUGAGCUAGUAAAGAAUUAUUUUGAUAAGAAAAUAUGGGUAUGUGUCUCUGAUGAUUUUGAUGAUAAAAGGAUUUUAAGAGGGAUUCUUGAAUCCCUUACUGGUAACCCAAGUCAAUUAGAAAGUAAGAAUGCAAUACUUCAAAACCUUCAAAAAGAGUUGCAAGGAAAAAGAUAUCUUCUCAUUCUUGAUGAUGUUUGGAAUGAAGAUUCUCUGAAAUGGGAUGCAUUAAGGGGUUGUUUGUUAGGUAUUAAUUCAAAUUUUGGAAACAAUAUUAUUGUAACAAUCCGUAGUCACAAGGUGGCAGAAAUCAUGGAAACACUUUCUCAACAUCAGUUAGAAAAACUAGAUGAUGAUGAAUGUUGGUCCAUAAUCAAGAAAAGGGUAUCUGCGGUUCCAUUAACUCCAGAUUUAGAGGCUAUUGGAAGAGACAUUGCUAAAAAAUGUGGAGGGGUUCCAUUGGUAGCAAAAGUUUUAGGAGGGACAAUGUCACUAAAAAAAGAUUAUGUUAUGGACAAGGAAGAAUUAAUUCAACAUUGGAUGGCUGAAGGGUUCCUUCAACCAUCUCAAGGAAGUGAUUUGGUGAUGGAGGAUAUUGGUUUUAUGUAUUUUGAUAUCUUGUUAGCAAAUUCCUUAUUGCAAGAUGUGGAAAAAGAUGCAUAUGAUAAUAUUGUGAGUUGUAAGAUGCAUGAUUUGGUACAUGACCUUGCCCUCUUAGUUUCAAAAUUUGAAACCUUGAUUGUGGACAGAGAUUCGGAGGUUGAUAUUAGUCAUUUUAGACGCUUAUCUAUCAAAUUUGAAGGAGAAAUGAUACCAAGAAUUUCUUUUUCAAAAGACCGUGUUAAGAGAUUGCGCACGCUUGUUUCAAAUACUAAUGUGUUUGGCAACAUGUUAUCAAAUUUUAAAUGCUUGCGUGUUCUAAGAUUGUCAGGGUUUAGCAUAAUAGAGUUAUCAGAAUCAAUUGAUCGGUUAAUACACUUGAGGUUUCUCCACAUCUCAUGUCCUAACAUCAAAGUAUUACCAAAGUCCAUCACCAAGUUCUACAAUUUGCAAACUUUGAAUGUUCACGAUUGCUAUUGUCUCAGAGAGCUUCCAAAAGAUCUAAAUAAUUUGGUUAACUUGAGAUAUAUUGUUGUCAAUUAUAAUGUUUACAUGUGGAGUUUACUGAAAGAUAUAGGGCAGUGGAAAUGUCUACAAAUGUUUCCAUCUUUCUUCGUGAAACAAGAUGCAGGUCAUCAAAUCGGAGAAUUCGGGCAGUUGAAUCAACUUCGUGGAGUAUUAACCAUCAAUGAUUUGGAGAAUGUGAGAGAUAAAGAAGAAGCUAGAAGGGCAAAUUUAGCUGAAAAGGCCAAAAUAGACAGGUUAGGUUUUCGCUGGGGUUAUAGUACGAAUAAAAGAGAAGUCAAUCACAAUAAUGAUGAAGACGUGUUAGAAGGCCUCCAGCCUCAUCAAAAUUUGAAAUCCUUAGAAAUUGAAGGCUUUGAAGGAAAGAAAUUUCCAUCAUGGAUGUUGAGAAGUUGUGAUGCUAAGGAUGCUUUGUCGCUUUUGGACAAUUUGAUUGGGAUAAAUUUAAGCGGUUGCAUAGAAUGUGAAGAAGUUCCUACCCUCAGGUGCCUACCCUGCCUUAAGUUUCUUGUUAUAGAGGGAAUGGAUAAAGUUUCCUGCAUAGGAGUUAAGUUUUACACCAUGUACAGUGAUGACAGUUACAGAAAUGCAUUGUUCCCGGCAUUAAGAAAACUCAAAUUGAAGAACAUGAACUGCCUAGUGGAGUGGCAGGAAAGGGGAAAACAGAGGAGAUUGUGGAACUAUAGGGGCGCUCUGAAGCCCAACUUUCAGAGUUAUGUUAGGGAACUAGUGAGGAUUCAUAAUCCUGGUAUAAUGGUGGUCAUGGAAACUCGUGUCAGGAGAGACAAAGCUAAGGAAAUAACUGAUCGUUUGCCUUUUGACGGUGCUAUUCACACAGAGACGAUGGGCUUUGCUGGUGGCAUUUGGCUUCUUUGGAACUCAGAUAGGGUGGACGUUGUCCAGCUCGCUAACACGGAGUAG